AAGAAUCACAAGAAUUUUUUAGCAAAAAAACCUAAAAAGAGCUUAAAAAUUCUAAGAAAAAAUUAAAUUUUUAAGAAAAAAAUUAAGUAUUAAUUAAAUUUUAUAACUCUUUUAAAUAUGGCUUCUUAUCGCAGCAUUGGUAGUUGCAUGCGUCAAGUGUACUUUAGAAAUUCUCGACAAUUUGCCGAAUUAUCACGUAACCUUGGUCAGAAACGUUUAUUAUCAAAUGCCGCCUCGCAACCAAAACCUUCGAAUGGUCCCAGUACCCUUAAGUUGGCCGUAUUGGGUACGACUUUGGGAGCCACGGGUGGCACUGUUUAUUCUUUGUAUUUAAAUUGGAAGGAUAAAAAUUCUCACAUGGAACAUGAGCGUACACCACCGGCCAUUAUAAAUGAAUUCCCCUCCAGUGUUAAAAUAACCAAACGCUUUGUUAAUCCCAAAGAUACUUCCGGUCUCGAUAUAACCCUCUUCCAAUUUCAAACCUGUCCAUUUUGCUGUAAAGUUAGAGCUUUUCUAGAUUUUAUGGGCCUUUCCUACAAGGUGGUAGAGGUGGAUGCCGUUCUAAGGCAGGACAUUAAAUGGUCCGAAGUAAAAAAGGUACCUAUGGUCUUGAUACGUCAGCGCGAUGGACGUUAUGUGCAAAUGAGCGAUUCAAGUGCUAUAAUUUCAUUGAUUGCCACCUACUUGAAUGACAAAAAGAUUGAUAUUGGUGAAUUGGCUCAAUAUUAUCCGGCCAUAUCAUUUUUCGAUGACAAUCAAAAGAAGAAACAUGAUAUUAUGAAUAAAUAUUUCCUAAUGUUCCAAGAUCAUACACCCAAAGGUCAUACCAAAGAAUUGGAGGAAUUGGAACGCAAAUGGCGCACUUGGGCUGAUUCCCAUCUAGUACAUUUAAUAUCACCCAAUUGUUAUCAGUCGCUGGGAGAAGCUUUUGAAACCUUUGAAUGGUUCUCACAAGCUGGUGAAUGGGAUAUACACUUUCCCAAAUGGGAACGUGAUCUUAUGGUUUAUGUUGGUGCCACCGCCAUGUGGGGCAUUGCUAAAAUCCUUAAAAAACGUCAUCAACUAACGGAUGAUGUACGUUCGCACAUUUAUGAUGCCUGCAAUAAGUGGACUAAAGAAUUGGAAAAACGUAAUACGAAAUUUCUGGGUGGUAAACAACCCAAUUUGGCGGACUUAUCAAUUUAUGGUGUCUUAAGCAGUAUGGAGGGUUGUCAAGCCUUUAAGGAUUGUGUACAAAAUACAAAAAUUGGAGAAUGGUUUUACAGUGUUAAACAAUUAAUACAACAAAAUCGUGGCAAUUUAAUACGUGAACGUAUUGAGGGAGAAAUGCCCAAUAUGUUAACAUCUAUUACCAACUAAUUAAUAAAUGAUUUAGACAACAAAACUUAUUUAUAUUUUAAAUAGCUAUAAUUUUAAAACGAUAUCUUUUCCAAUCAUAAAGUUAUGGAAAAUAAAACAUACCAAAAACCCGA